AUUUGAAUUGCUCGACAAAAAACGGUUGAGCCCUGAAUAUUUCUUUUCCUUCUCUCUGUGUGAAAUAAAAGCACGAGAUCCCAUUAGUAAAUUUCACAAAAAGCGGUGAAAUGAAUCCUGAAAAAUUAAAGAAACUACAGGCGCAAGCCGCCCAAGUUCGUAUUGGAGGAAAAGGUACUCCACGCCGCAAGAAGAAGAUUGUGCAUCAAACUGCCGCAACUGACGACAAAAAAUUGCAAUCAACAUUAAAGAAAUUAGCUGUUAACAAUAUUCCUGGCAUUGAGGAGGUUAAUUUGAUUAAAAACGAUGGAACUGUCAUUCAUUUCAACAAUCCAAAAACUCAAGCAUCAUUAGCCAGUAAUGUAUUUGCAAUUACAGGACACGGCGAAACUAAACAGAUUGCUGAAUUGUUGCCAGGAAUUCUCACACAAUUGGGUACAGAAGGAUUGUCUCAAUUGAAACGAUUGGCCAACAAUGUUGGAAUUGGAAACAAAAUUCUGAGCUCGGUUGAAGAAGGCAAGGAAGAAGAAGAUAUUCCCGAUUUGGUGGAAAACUUUGAGAAUGUAGCCAAUUCUGAAUCACCAGCACCGGCUAAACCAGAAGCAUCACCGGUAACAAAGGAAGAAGAGAAGAAAGUUGAGGAGAUUGCAGCCCAAAUAGCAACUAGUACUAUACAAGAAGCUGCUUCUGCUGAAAAGACUCCUGCAGAACCUGCAAAAGCUGACGACAAAAAAGAAUCGAAAAAGGAAACGACACCAAAAAAAUCAAAUGAGAACAAAGGUGGAAAAAAGCAACAGUCUAAAGACAAGAAGGCUUAAGAUAGCUGCUACUGUUGUACACAAAGAUACAAAUAUCGAAUGUUUCUCUUGUCGUCUAAUUUACCUAUUUAAUUUUAUGGAAACAACAAAGCAAAAAAACAGUUUUCUUGUCAUAAAUACAUACUUUUCGCAGAAAGGGCAUAGUUUGUUGCUUUUUAACUAUAACAUUUAUAAAAAUCAUCGGGAAACUUUUCAUUACUUUUGAAAGAAUGAAUGAUUGUAACUCUUUUUAAAAAAACUGUAUUGAUCGUAAAAAAAAAAAAUAAUAAGUCAGAACAAAUCCAAUACAUAUUGUGGAUGG